UAAUGGCAAGCAGACAUUAAAGUUGUGAAUGCUGCGCGCGUCUCCCUGACGAGUUAACUGCCGAAAUCCAAUAACGCACAUAUCAGAUGGUGAAGCAGUGUUGGAACUUUCACGGCUAAUGACUUCGCCAUACAUUUGGACAAUAGGGACUCGAAUCAUGGUUAACCGACCCUUUCAUUUGCAACCACAAAACUGCGAAGCCGUUUAGGUCGCCACAGGAGAGGGAUUUAAAUACCGGAGACCUCGGAAAGACGUCAGUGGCGUGGUUGUUUGUUCCAAAGCUCCAAACGAGUGUUGCUUUAAGUGCGUGUGUGGAGUUCUCCUGCACCGGGUGAUAGGAGGGGUUGGAGAGUGACGCUGGCUGCGCCUUGGUGCUGAGCGGAGCGCUCACCUGCACAUGAGAGAGCCGGGGGAACUCGGGCCAGAGCUGCAGCACACUCACGGAGCACAAGGAGGGGACGCAACGAACAGUCUGAGCAAGAAGGGGGGGGGACAAAAAAAAUUACACAAUUACUGGAGAAGAAUUACGAAUCUAGCCUCUUUGUGGAUCCUCGUCCAGGCAUCCUGGCUCGCUCGCUCGCCACGAUGAGAACUGACUUCGCUCUGGUCCUGACAGCAGCCCUUCUUCUUGACACAUUCUGGAGGAAUAAUGGGGAGCAUGCUUCCAAAGAUCCCUGCCGACCUGGCUUCUCACAAAGCUUCUACUCUGUUCUGAUUUCAAGGGAUGUACUGCAAAGCCAGGGCAUACGUAAAGAUACCACAGUGUCAUCACAAAAAGUGAAGUUCAGUGACUGCAUGGGGAAUGAAGCUGUGGUUUUCCAGAGCAGUGACCCUUUCUUCAGCGUGCAGACAGAUGGGUCCAUCUUUGCCCAGGGAGAUGGAGCCAGCCUGGAUGAACCUGUCCAGUUUAAACUGACAGCAAGUGGUCCACACACACAUGUCUGGGAGACCGUUGUCCAACUGGCCCUAAUUGACUCACCAUCACCUCAAGAAAAUGAAAACGAGGUCACAAAGGAAGAGGGGAAAGUCGCUGAGAGAAAAGAAGGGAAGGAGGAGUCCCAAGCACCACCUCCGGUCAUAAUGUUCUCAGGGUCCGGUCUGAACAGCUCCAGGGGUCUACGGAGGCAGAAGAGGGACUGGGUGAUCCCACCAAUCAACGUGGCAGAAAAUUCUCGAGGACCGUUCCCUCAGAUGCUCGUCAGCAUUCGUUCAGACCAGGACAAGGACAUCUCGAUCCGAUACAGCAUCACUGGGGUGGGAGCAGAUCAACCACCCAAUGAGGUGUUCAAUAUCGACCCCGUGCUUGGAAAGAUGUUCGUCACCAAACCUCUUGAUCGAGAACAUCGCUCUUCUUACCAUCUGCGAGCCCAUGCAGUGGACAUGAAUGGGAACCAGGUUGAGAACCCCAUCGAUCUGUACAUCUUUGUCAUCGACAUGAAUGACAACAGACCUGAGUUCAAAAACCAGGUCUACAAUGGCUCUGUGGAUGAAGGCUCUAAACCAGGAACGUAUGUGAUGCACGUGUCAGCAUUCGACGGUGACGACAACACCACAGCUAAUGGAAUGGUGCGCUAUCGAAUCCUGUCCCAGAUGCCGCACACCCCCAUUCCGAACAUGUUCACCAUCAACAGUGAGACUGGAGAUAUUGUGACUGUGGCUCCUGGUCUCGAUCGAGAGAAAGUGUCCCAGUAUACAAUCAUCGUGCAGGCCACGGACAUGGAGGGCAACCUGAACUUUGGGCUUUCCAACACAGCCACUGCCAUAAUAACUGUCACCGACAUCAACGACAACCCUCCCAUGCUGACAUCCAGAACUUUUUCCGGUGAGGUCCCAGAGAACCGAGUGGAUCUUGUGGUGGCUAAUCUGACAGUGAUAGAUGCUGACCAACCGCACUCGCCGAACUGGAACGCCAUCUACAGGAUCAUCAGUGGAGACCCAUCUGGGCACUUCACUAUCCGCACUGACCCUGUCACCAACGAUGGCAUGGUCACCGUGGUGAAGCCAGUAGACUUUGAGAUGAACCGUGCCUUCAUGCUGACGGUGGUGGUGUCCAACCAGGCCCACCUAGCCAGUGGCAUCCAGUCCUCUCUCGAGUCCACAGCUGGGGUCACCAUAUCUGUCCAGGAUGUCAACGAACCCCCUUACUUCCCCACGAACCCAAAACACAUCCGCUUUGAGGAGGGCGUCCCUGCUGGCACCAGCCUGACCACCUUCUCAGCCUCCGAUCCCGACAGAUUACAGAUGCAGCAGACAAUCAGGUAUUCAAAGCUGAACGACCCUGCAGACUGGUUGUCCAUCAACAGAACCAACGGUCAGAUUGUAACCACUGCAAUGCUGGACCGGGAGUCUAUCUAUGUCAAAAACAACAUAUAUGAAGCCACAUUCCUGGCAACAGACAAUGGCUCUCCUGCAGCCAGUGGCACAGGCACACUGCAGAUUUAUCUGAUAGAUAUUAAUGACAACCCUCCAGCGCUCAUACCCAGGGAGUCUCAGAUCUGUGAGCGGGUGAACAAGAAUGUCCACGGUGUUAACAUCACUGCCGCUGAUGCUGACACAGACCCCAACGCUGGACCCUUUGUCUUUGAGCUGCCCAACUUUCCCACCAGCAUCCGACGCAACUGGACAAUUUCUCGGAUCAGUGGUGAUUACGCCCGUCUAGGGCUGCGGUACCAGAUAUAUUUAGAGCCGGGGGUGUAUGAGGUCCCUGUAAUUGUGUCGGACUCGGGGAACCCUCCGUUGUCCAACAGGUCGGUCAUCAAAGUCAAGGUGUGUCCCUGCGAUGAACACGGAGACUGCACCACUCUCGGGGCCGUUGCGGCUGCUGGCCUGGGAACGGGAGCCAUCAUCUCCAUCCUCAUCUGCAUCAUCAUUCUGCUCAGCAUGGUGCUGUUGUUUGUGGUGUGGAUCAAGCGCAGAGAGAAGGAGAGACACACCAAGCAGCUGCUUAUUGACCCUGAAGACGAUGUCAGAGACAACAUCCUUAAAUACGAUGAAGAGGGAGGAGGAGAGGAGGACCAGGACUACGACCUAAGCCAGCUGCAGCAGCCUGACUCCUUGGAGCACAUCAUUAGCAAGCCGCCUGGUGUCCGCAGGGUGGAUGAACGUCCCAUCAUCCCUGAGUCCCAGUACCCAAUCAGGCCUGUCGUGCCCCACCCUGGAGACAUUGGGGACUUCAUCCACGAGGGUCUGCGAGCAGCAGACAAUGACCCCACAGCUCCUCCGUAUGACUCCCUGCUGGUGUUUGACUAUGAGGGCAGUGGCUCUACCGCCGGCUCCGUCAGCUCCCUCAACUCAUCCAGCACGGGGGACCAGGACUAUGACUACCUAAACGACUGGGGCCCCCGCUUCAAGAAGCUGGCCGACAUGUACGGAGGAGGGGAUGAUGAUUAAAUCUGCCCAGUCAAACAUACACACACACACACACACACACACCCUUGUUCCGUCAGCUGGCCUGCCAUGCUCUGUCCCUCUAACACAUGGGGCUAUUAAACCCUUAUUGAACACAAGUUACCAAUGACAUGUUCACACUGACCAACUGACUGACCAACCAACCAAUCAAAUUACCCACCACAGAGGACCGGUGCUGUGAGUCAGUUCCGGGUGCUCUUCUCAACCGUCUCCUGCUCUAAGACUGAAACGGAAGCUCUCAGUUGCGGGCUUCACAUCGUUUGUUUUUCCAAACCCUUGUGCUUUUUUUCAUUUUUGGUUUUAUGCUAGAUGUAGGUUUUAGUUUUUAGUUGUCAGGUUUUGUUUUGCCUUUAGUUUGUGUAGUUUUUUUUUUUUCCGUCCACACUGCCCUUUGAUUCGAGCCGUUCCCUAUUCCUGAGGGUUCCCUAUUCCUAUUCCCUCGCUAUCAACCCCCGCCUGUCUCUCUGCAGAAGCUUUAGGUUGAGCUGCUUGCUUUGUCUGAGAGGAAAAGAAAAGAAGAACACAGAUAUGAAAGUCCUUCCUAUACACAGGGCCCUGGUUUAUUCUUUCUUGAACUUGAAUUACUUAGAACAGAAGCACUGUUGUUUAAAAAGUGCCUUCAGUGGUGCGUAUUUUAGCAGACUCCCGCUAACUCAGGAUUGGUUGCCAUUUUCUGGGCUUACAUGCCUCCAUAUGACCCCUGACCCUUUAACUCAGACCUCCCCUUGUCAUUUCUACCAUCCUGCAGGGCUGUGGUAGCUGCAGGAGAUGUCAGUAUCGGUUUCAGAGGAGCAUUGACUGGCUUACGCGGGCGCUUUAUGUAGACAUACUGUACAUAGGCCUACAGUGUGUAUGUAAGUUAUGGACAAAUCAUUAACUUUUCAAGUCAGGCGAAUACGUGCUCCUAGAUCACAGCCAACUUGAAUGUGAUUACUGAAAUCACAAAAAAAAAACAUUAUGGGACUGUCUUAGAGAAGAAAUGCAUUGCGUGGUUUUGUUAAUUGUGGCUUCAAUAGCAGCUGUGUUUGUUUUGAGCUCUCGGUAUUUGCACAAAACUUGAUGAGGCUUGUUACGAAAUUUUGAAGAUUGAAAAGUCAUACGUGUUGUAUAUGAAGUAGGCAUGAGGGUUAUUUAAGGAGACUUUGCCUUUAAGAUCAUUUAAGGUGUGCAUGUGUAUCCCUUCACCCAAAGGUAAUUAACAUGGCACCAGUUAUUUUGUGAUAAAUGUGUCAAAGAAAACUAUAUAAACUGUACAAACACAAGGGAAAAGAAAAUACUAGAUGACUUUAAAUAGCUCUGACAGCAUUACAUACAAAGUUGUGAGCUUAUAGGAGCCCCAUUAUGAGAUCCCUUUCUCUCUUUUGUAUUUUUUUUUUCUUUUGUUGAUUCACUGUUGUUUUUCAGCAAACUUUUAAUAUACAAACUUUGGUGCUGGUCCCUGUCACAGAAACUAGAGGAACUGAGCCUCAGCCAGGGAUUUAGCGCCUUCACAAUCUGUCUCUCUUCAGGCAGCAUUUCAUUCAUCUGAAAUUUUCUCCUGAAAUGUUUGGCUGCAAGUUCAAGAGGUUUUGAAAAGAAGUUAGAGUAAGGGAAAGUCUGUUGUGAAGUUCUGUACUUUAUCAAUGCAGACUUGCAAAACUAAAGCUUCAGUAAUAGCGCUUUAAAAGACAGACAUUUUGAAAAACAGUCUUGUUGUGACUUAGUGAAAAAGCAGCACUACCCAUGGGCUUUUGUUAUUACAUUUCAGACACCCAGAACUGCAUAUAGAGAACUGAAAGAAGAGCUUUAGCCUUUGUAUUAAAUUAUUUAAAUAUGCAAAACAAAAAAGGACAAGGGUGAAUGAUAGAAAGGUUUAAUCAUUCCUUAUCUUCUGAGAGCCCAAUGAAACACUCCUCGCUUGUAGCCAGUUUCAGCUUGAUGUGGAUUGACCAGAUCUUCUAUUAAUUAUGAAUAUGAUGAAUGCUUGAAGGAAAUCUCAGUGACAACAAUGUUCUUCAGAUCCUCCACCUUUCAUUUUUCUCCAACUGCUUUUCAACUGUUCCUCAGCUGUUCAUGGUUCAUAUGAAUUUUAUGAAAUAAGCUCUAGAUAACAACAAUCUUUAGUUUUCACAAAGGGUUAUAUAAAUUGUAACUAUACUUCAGGCUGGAUAGAAAAUAAUUAACUUCUGACAAGAUAUAC